AUGACCAUCACCAGUAAGGCGAACUCUAAUGGCCCCACCUCGGAGGAGCCCCCUCUAGAUCACGAUUUCCACAAUGCCUGGGGAACUAUUUACUCAAACAGUGGAUUCAUCAACGAUGAACGCACUCGCCGAGUAUGGGAGGACUAUACCGUGAACCCUGCCAGAGUCGAACACCAGUACCAUGUUCUUCUGAACGAAUAUACUGAGCGUUUUCAGUCCUUUUUCAAGGGACACUGGCCAAUCACGUUCCAUGCGCAUGUUAGCGAUGUGCUUAUACCGACAACUAUAGCGAGUCUCAUCCUGAACACGGCAUCGACUUGUCCAUUGGUGGUUGAGGAUCCAUUGUUAUCGCCGUUGCUCAAGGAUGAUCCCGAGCCAGAAAAGGUGCAUCAAUUUGUUCGGGAGCUCUUGGGCUGGACAGAUGCUCAUAUUAAUACGCCGAAGUUGGCCAUCGUCGACGGAAUUUAUGGUGGCGCCUAUGGGCCCUUGGCCCAUUCAUCCGAGGAAUGGGAGUAUAGGAUCAUCGGAUCGGGUCCUUCAUCAAUCUUUAUCAGUCUGAGUGACUUCUCGUCAGAGGCUACAUUGUUGAACAAGCUCAUUGCCGCUAAGAAGGAAGGCUGUGUCGCCGUUGUAUGCGAUCUAGUCAAUGCCUCGAAUGGAUCAGUCUUUCCUCCCGACCUCUUUCGUCUCCUGCGAUCCUGCUGCAACCAAGCGCGCAUUUGUCUCCUUGUGGACGAGGCCAUGUCCGCGAUACGUUGUGGAGCGCCAUUGGCCUGUCAAAGACCAGAGUAUCUUGAAGGAGACCUCCGGCCUGACAUGAUCGCCUUCGGCAAAGGAGUGGGAGUAAGCGGCGUUGCAAUCAACUUCGAUGGCCUGAUGAUGCGACACCUCGCCUUCCACAAGAGGGAACAAAUUCUUCAGUCGAUUAGAUUUUGGCGCUCUAUGGUCACCAGGCCCAUUGCAACCCCACUCUUAAUCGAAGUCUUGGGGAUUUUGAACGUGGCCGAGGCGGAGGAUUGGCCAGCAAGGAGUGAGCAGAUUGGAAUUGCUUUCCGAGAGUUCAUCCAUCGCUAUGUUGGGAAUGAUGGCCAUGGAAGAGAGAUUGUACGCGGAUUAGGCGCUUUCAUUGCCGUCGACCGUGAGAUCUCUAAAAGAUUCAACGUCAUGGCAGCGUUUCGAAGGAGAAGUUCUUGGGCGCGUUGGAUUCCUAAGCUCAACAGCACUGCUUUUGUUGAUUCUCACGCUAUUGAGAAAUACUUGGUCGGUUCUGGUGCUAAGCCCCUUCGACAUGCAUUGUCCAAGGAAGCACAGAAGCAAGGGACAAAACCGCUGUGGUGUUACGUUUGCGGAAUUGACGCAAUUGUGGAGGAUUGGUGCCGAACCUGCUUUUUAGGAUACUGCGGCACUGAGGACUGUGCAAAGGGUUUCCAUGCCCAUGAAUGUCUAUAG